CCGGCGGGAGCGCGCCCGUCGCAAGAUGGCGGCGGCCAUGCCAGGCCCCGGGGCCGUGUGUGCGCAGCGGGCGGCGGCAGCGCGGCCCAGGCAGCAGGCGCGGCGGCUGCGCUAGCCCGUCCCUCGGCCUCUCUUUGCGGUUGCUACCUCCUCCUCUCCCGUCUCGCCCGGUAUGGAUCUGCCCGUGGGCCCGGGCGCGGCGGGGCCCAGCAACGUCCCGGCCUUCCUGACCAAGCUGUGGACCCUCGUGAGCGACCCGGACACGGACGCGCUCAUCUGCUGGAGCCCGAGCGGGAACAGCUUCCACGUGCUGGACCAGGGCCAGUUUGCCAAGGAGGUGCUGCCCAAGUACUUCAAGCACAGCAACAUGGCUAGCUUCGUGCGGCAGCUCAACAUGUAUGGCUUCCGGAAGGUGGUCCACAUCGAGCAGGGUGGCCUGGUCAAGCCAGAGAGGGACGACACCGAGUUCCAGCACCCGUGCUUCCUGCGAGGCCAGGAGCAGCUCCUCGAGAACAUCAAGAGGAAAGUGACCAGCGCCACCUCAGUGACUGCUCCCCCGGGGACCCAGGUGUCCACUCUGCGGAGCGAGGACAUAAAGAUUCGCCAGGACAGCGUUACCAAGCUGCUGACCGACGUGCAGCUGAUGAAGGGGAAGCAGGAGAGCAUGGACUCCAAGCUGCUGGCCAUGAAGCAUGAGAACGAGGCGCUGUGGCGAGAGGUGGCCAGCCUGCGGCAGAAGCACGCCCAGCAACAGAAAGUCGUCAACAAGCUCAUCCAGUUCCUCAUCUCGCUGGUGCAGUCAAACCGGAUCCUAGGGGUGAAGAGAAAGAUCCCCCUGAUGCUGAACGACAGCAGCCCCGCGCACCCCAUGCCCAAGUAUGGCCGGCAGUACUCGCUGGAGCACAUCCACGGCCCAGGCUCCUACCCGGCCGCUUCCCCAGCCUACAGCGGCUCCAGCCUCUACUCCCCAGACGCUGUCACCAGCUCCGGACCCAUCAUCUCCGACAUCACUGAACUGGCCCCCGGCAGCCCCGUGGCCUCUGCAGGCAGGAGUGUAGAUGAGAGGCCCCUGUCCAGCAGUCCCCUGGUUCGCGUCAAGGAGGAGCCCCCAAGCCCACCACAGAGCCCCCGGGCAGAGGGUGCCAGCCCCAGCCGACCGUCCUCCAUGGUGGAGACGCCUCUGUCCCCGACCACCCUCAUUGAUUCCAUCCUCCGGGAGAGCGAGCCCACGCCCGCCGCCUCCACCACACCCCUCGCGGACACUGGGGGCCGCCCCGCCUCGCCCCUGCCCGCCUCAGCUCCCGAGAAGUGCCUCAGCGUCGCCUGCCUGGACAAUUUGGCUCGCACUCCAAAGAUGUCUGGGGUCGCCCGCCUCUUCCCCUGCCCCUCCUCCUUUCUGCAUGGCCGAGUCCAGCCAGGGACCGAGCUCAGUGACCACUUGGACGCCAUGGACUCCAACCUGGACAACCUGCAGACCAUGCUGACAACCCAUGGCUUCAGCGUGGACACCAGCACCCUGCUGGAUCUGUUCAGCCCCUCGGUGACGGUUCCCGACAUGAGCCUGCCGGACCUGGACAGCAGCCUGGCCAGCCAGAUCCAGGAGCUCCUCUCUCCCCAGGAGCCCCCCAGACCUCUGGAGGCAGAGAAAAGCAGCCCAGACUCAGGGAAGCAGCUGGUGCACUACACCGCCCAGCCCCUGCUGCUGCUGGACCCAGGCUCUGUGGACGUGGGGAGCAGCGACCUGCCGGUGCUCUUCGAGCUCGGGGAGGGCUCCUACUUCUCCGAGGGAGACGACUACUCGGAUGACCCCACCAUCUCCCUGCUGACGGGCUCAGAGCCCCCCAAAGCCAAGGACCCCACUGUCUCCUAGAAGCCCCAGGAGGAGAGCAAGCCUUGGGCGGGCCUGGUUGUCGGGGAGCCUGGUCCCCUGGCCGGCGGGGGGUCGUGGCCCCCAGCCAGCACCGAGGGCCUAGCCCUGUGAGCCACAGCUCGCCUGGGCUUCACGGCCACACUCAGACUGACCAGGACGCAGGUGUUCAUAGAAUUGUAUUUUGGAUUUUUACACGAGUCCUCCUUUCCCCUUCCAUAGAGAUAUAACAGAUAUAUACAUGGACGAACAGACCGAUGAGCCAGGCAGAGAUUUAUAAACAACGAGCUCUGUGUGUGGUC